AUGGCAUCUGCGUUGAAUGCCAAAAAAGUGGACUCGAAUCCACUGGGCGCGCCUUACAGCAGGCCGUCCAAAAUUCCCGUUCGCACCGGGCACUCAAGUGGCUCGGCUAGCGACGAUUCCGAUACUUCAUCAAAAUCGGAAUCAAGAUCAAAGACAGGAGGCAAAAGUCAUCUACCCGUACCUGUCAAAUCACCGGCGAAGAAAGCGGUCCAUUCUUCCAAGGCCGGAACUUCCGGAAGUGAAUCUGAUCCGGAAAAGAACUCCACCAAAGGAGUUGAAGAAAAAGUUGUCCCCGCAACUGAAAAAAGUAACUUCAAAAGUGAAGACACUGGAGCAGAACCGGUCAAAAAGAUGCCAGCAAGGUUAAAAAGCUUGAAGCUUAAGAAGACGCCCAGUGUGAACCGAGCCCGAUGCGUUAACCCUUUGUCACGCUCGGUAAUUCCAGACAUCAAAGAGAAGAAAGUACCAGCCAAGGCUUCUUCGGGUGCUCUGGCUUUUGUACAGCAAGGAAGGUUAAGGCCAGCGAGAAAGUUCCAGGCUAAGAAAGCAGAUGACUUACCUGAGGAAGAGCAGGGAAGGCCAUCGGGUGGAAUUGGUCGCAAGACAUCAUACAGAAAUAUCCAUAGCCCAGAGCUAUUAAACCAUAAGAAGUGCGAUGAACCUGGAAAGAAAGUAAAUAACGUUGGCUUAAAAAAUUCAAAGAAAACAUCUCCUUCAAGUAAGAGCAAUGAGAAACCAAACAGCUCUCGCACUGGAUCCAAAAGUAAAACUUCUAGCAAGGCUGCUACCACCAAAAAAAGAUCAAAAUCAGACAGAAAGAGUAAGGAAUCUGAUGAUUCUGAGUCUGAUAACAGCUUGGGUCUAAAGCCACGCAAAUUAGACUUUUUUUAUGAAGCUGAAUCAGACGACCUCGUCUCCACUGACUCUGAGUCCCCAUGUGCCCCAAAGGAGGUUCAGAGCAAGAAGGAAGACUUGUUUGCGAAGGAGGAGAAUAAUGAAGAUUGUUUUGUGUCCGACAACCUUUGGUUAUUAAACCGAAAGUUCGACUAUGAGGAUGGUUCUGACUUCUUCACCACUGACUCUGAAUCCGAAUGUGCCCCAAAAGAGGAUCAGAGUGUACAAAGAGGUGUGCCAUCUCAAAGUGAAGAGGUGGCCAGUAACUGUGAAGACAGUCAACAAAGGUCAACAGAACAUCCCAAAGAUCUUGAAAGACAAGAUAGAGUUGUGCCAAGCACUUCUACCAUAGAAAAUGAAAAAAUGCCUCGUGGGUUUGAUGAUGAAUUGAAGAUAAAGAUUGAUUUUGCCUAUGAAGAAUCGAGUUACUCUGAGGACAGCGAGGAAGACAGCGACAAGAAGGAAAAUCAUCUUGAGGAUGGUGGUAAGGAAACCACUGCUUUGUUCAACUGCCAAAUGGUAUCGAAUGAGGACACCAAUGAAAACAGCGACAAGAAGAAAGAUCAACUUCAUGACGGUGGUAAGGAUACCACUGCUUUGUCCAACUGCCAAAUGGUAUCUUCUGUGACCUCAUCAUCUAUCGAUGAUGAUGAUACUUCUGAUAACAGUAUCUCUGCACUCUCGGAUGAUUCCUUCUGGGACAUUGAUGUAAAAAAGCCUUCAAAACCCGAAAAAGCCAUAGAAAAGUCUGCUGAAUUUAUCUUAGCUGCCUCCGAAUUGGAAGGCUUGAAGAAGGACAUCAAACCAGAGAAUUUACAGGUUGUAGACGAUUGUCAAUACACAGGAAACAACAGCUCGCGCGACAGCGGAAAUGAAGCUGUUGUAGAUGCUAUGAAGGAUGUAGUUAGAGAAAAAAAUGUUCAGCCAAGCACUUCUGUUAUCGUCGAAAACCAAGAUGAUCAGGUGGUGAAAAUAGGUUCUAGCCCUUCAGAUAAAGACAAUGAGCCUGUUGAUAAGAAGGAAAUGAAGAGAGACAUUGAUGGAAAAAAGAACAAGUCCGAGUCUGCUGAUGAAGACUCCUUCAUAGAAGAGCUGGAUGAGCUACUUUCGGCAGCCGAGGCUGAGAUUGAAGAGGCUUCCCAGAAAGAUGAAGCAAGUGAUGCUUCUGAUGACUACUUCUCGAGGGGAAAAGAAGCUUCAACAUUGGACAAUAAAGUCACUGACACGCCCACUCUCCAACAGACCGAAGCAGACGACAUGAUUUCAAAACCUGUUCAGGACGUCUGCGUUGAUGGAAUGGUAACGGCAUCUAACGAAACCAGAACGACUGCUGGAAACCCAUCUGGAAGUGAAAAAGAUGAAAAGAGUGGAAACGUUGGGGAUAAGAAACAAGAUGUUGCUGGCGGAAGCAGUAGUGGCGAAGGCAGCUCAGUAGGAGGAUCUGGAGAUGGUGAUGACCCAAAUGAUCCAUGGAAACCAAAACCGCGAAAAGAACCAGAGGAUAAGAAAGGUGAUGAUAAUGACAACAAAGAAAAGAAAAGAGCCGCAAAAAAGGCACUGGACAAGCAGAUGGUGGGAAUCACGGAGGAUCUCCUUCAGGAAGAAUGUGUAGGAACAUCUACUGAUAAAAGUGGCAAGCAACAAACCGCACUGAACCCGGAGCACAAUCUUGGGGAAGGCUCUAGUUCUAUGCAGAUAAAAGCUGCCCUACAGGAAGUCAAGGCGUCACAAACUGAGGAAGAAGGAAACGUGGAAGCACUUCAGAAAACUAUUCGAUCAAAAGACAAAGAGAUUGCGUUGAUGCAGAACCUGGUGGACUGUUGCCGUAAAGACUACGAAGAACUACAGGAAAGUUUCAAUCAGUAUUCCAAAGACUUCAAAGAAGUCGAUGAGAACAGAGCCAAGAUUGGUGCCUUGAGGAAUGAGAAUAACACUCUCAAGCAGGAAAAUUCAAAGCUCAAAAACCAAAUGUCUCAGAAGACUUCAGAAGCUACGCAAGCACAGGAAAAAAGUAAAAAGCUGAAGAAUAUGUUGUCCAAAAUGGAAGUCGACCUCGGCUUUCUAGAAACAGAAAAGAAAGAGCUGUUAACCAAGUUAAGAAAGCAUGAAGCUAAAACACCGCCAGAGGAAGUUCAGGUACAGAAGACUGAGGACAAGAAGGAACAUGAGAUAGAUAAAAACCGGUUAGAGCACGGGCUGGGUAGAAGCUGCAGCUUGCAGGACGUCGAGGCCAUGAAGGCAGAAGAGGAAAACGUAGAAUUGAAGAACAAAAUUCACCAGUGCGAAGCUUCUUUGAAGACACAGAAGAAGGAAUGUGCAGAUUUGAAAGAAAAAAUCGCCAAGAUGACAAAGACAGAAAAUCAAUUGAAAUCAAGGUUCCAACGGAUGAAGGAAGAAAACGAUGUUCUCAACUCCAAGUGUAGCCAGCUGGUAAGACAAUGGAAAGAAGCGUCAAUUGGUGAUAGAAUUGAAGACCUAAAAAAACUGCAGGGUGAAAUUUCCGAAGCAAGUAAAGCCUUAUUGACUGACGGUACUGGUAAUGAGCUCAAAGUUACUUCAAGUCCUUUGUCAGUUGAACUUGCAGAAGCUGACACGUUUAGCCAAACGCAACAACCUGGUGCAAGCCAAAACGAUCAAAGCAGUGAGCUUCAAACGCUGAUAGAGUCACUCAGAGGUAUGACAGAAGAACUCAGAGAAAAGAUCAAUAAGACCAACGCUAAGUUAACCAAGGCUGAUUCAGAGAACGGUAAUAGUGAGGUUAUGAAGAAGAAUGAAGAGUUAGUCAAGCAGUUAAAUGAGGAAAUAGCUAGCCUGCAUGAGACGAUGGAAGUAGAAGCUGCCAAGUUUCAACAGUUGGAAUGGAUAAUUAAAAGCUCCAAUACCGAACGUCAGAGACUUGAAGAACGUAUAGAGGAGCUCGAGGAAGAGUUGUGCCAGGCUGAUAAUAACCUGAGUGAGACAACAGCCGCUAAAGACCAUCAAUUGAAUAACGCUAAACAUGACAUUGAGAUGAAACAACUUAAAGUGGAUGAGUUAUUGGGUGAGCUACGAAUGCUGUUGGAGGGUAACGAUGCGUUAAGAACUGCGCUUAAUGCCCAGAAUUCGAAGCUUGACAAAAGAGAAAGCGAAGAAAAGGACCUUAAGAAAUAUAUCGACGAACUUGAGUUGGAAAAUGAAACACUGUCUGUUAAGAGCUUAAAAACCGAGCUUUCAGAGCGCAAGGAAAAUAAUGAGAGACUGGAUAAAAAGUUAAAGGAUAUUGUGGUGGAGAAGCAGGAUCUAGAGCAAAAGCUUGAAGCUGUUAAGGACAAUGAAAGCUCUCGCCGUCAAACUGAAAUCCACCUCAACCAUAUCCAAAAACUGCAAGGGGAUUGUGAAAAUCAGAGACUUUGCGUCAAGAGCCUAAAGGGUGAGGUGUCGGAGCUAAAGGAAAAGAAUGCGUCCCUCGAUAAAAAGUUGAAGGAUGUUGUGGUGGAAAAGCAAACUCUAGAGCAAAAGCUGAAGGCCGUGGAUAAAAAGUUGAAGGAUGUUGUGGCGAAGAAGCAAGAUCUAGAGCAAAAGCUGGAGGUUAAUAAGGAGAACGAAAGCUCUCGUCGUCAAACUGAAAUUCACCUAAACCACAUCCAAAAACUUCAAGGGGAUUGUGAAAAUCAGAGACUUUCUGUCAAGAGCCUAAAAGAUGAACUCUCGGAACUAAAGGACAAGAAUGCGACCCUGGAUAAAAAGUUGAAAAACGUUGCAAUGGAGAAAGAAGUUCUUGAACAGAAACUGGAAGCAGUUAAAGACGCAGAAACCUUUCGUCGUCAAACUGAAAUCCACCUCAACCAUAUUCAAAAACUUCAAGGGGAUUGUGAAAACCAGAGAUUUUGCGUCAAGAGCCUGAAAGGUGAACUCUCGGAACUAAAGAACAAGAACGCGUCCCUCGAUAAAAAGUUGAAGGAAGUCGCGGCGGAAAAACAAGCUCUUGAACAAAAGCUAAAGGCCUUCAGCCAAGAGAUACAGAAAGAAGAGUCGGUGAGCAGUACUCCUUCCACAAGUGCUGAAAGUGAGGCACGAAUAAUGGAACUUCAAACAUUCAAUGAAAAGCUUAGCGAAAAAAUUGAUAUGUUUGAGGCAUUCUUUGAGCAAGUAAAAGAAGAUAAAGUGCAAAAUAUGAAGGCUAUGGAAGCCAGUAGGCAAAAUGCAAUUAUGUUGAAAAGCAAAUCUGACGAGCAGAUAGCGGAAUUGGAAAAGACGUUGGCGGACAAAAAUGUGUUGGAGACCAAGCUCCAAGACACAGUCACGUCCCUGGAAAAGAGGAUUUCUACUCUCGAGGCUGAAAAACUCGAGAGUGAGAGCCAAGUGAAGGCAAUGGUCGAGAGCAUGCAAGGACAGAAUGAACUGGAAAAGUGCAAAAAGGAAUGGGAAGAAACGGAAGUGGAACUGCAGAAUUCAAUUCUGGCACUCACUACUGAGAAAUCCGAGGCUCAAAAGGAGUUAGAGGAACAUAAAUCAGCAGUGGCAAAGACGUCAGAAAGCCUAGAAUUCCGUAUGAAAGAGUUGGAGAAGUGCCUUCAGGACCGCCAAACUCUACAGGAAGAAUUGGCCUGUCUGAAGAGCACUCACUCAAAACAGAAGGAAGAAAUGGAAAAGACUAUGGAAAAAAUGGGUCAAGAUGUGGAUGAGCGUGAGGCAGAGGUGAAGCUUGUGAGACAAAGCUCGUCAGAAAUUAUCAACGAAUUGGAAAAACAGCUCAAGGGUCGACAGGAUUCAGAAAUAGAACUACAGGAGAGAGCAGAAACUUUGAGCCAACAAAUCGAUCAACUGAAGGCAGAGAAACUUGAGAGUGAUAAGAAGAUUCAAGCUCUUAUGGAAUCCAUCGAAGCCAAGGAGGUCGAAAUCAAGCUUAAAAAGCUUGACGAAGACACUGAGCUCAAAGAAAACCUAUCAAAUAUGGAGGUAAAAAUAUCUGAACUUGCCACUGAAAAAGAGAAUGCUGAGAAGACAGCGCAGCACGACAUAAUGCUGAUAAGAAGGGAAUCUGAGGAGAAGAUAACUGCUUUGGAAAAGCGCCUUCAAGAUCAGAGCGACUCUGAAACGAUGCUCCAAGAAAAGGUGCAAUCUCUUGAGUCCAGGAUCUCCCAAUUGAAUGCUGAAAAAGCAGAGAGAGACGAUAACAUGAAGACCUUGAUGGAAGCUAUGGAUGCCAAUAAAAACCUUGAAGAAAAACUCAAAAAGAAGGAAGAGUUGGGGCGAGAGCUUGCCAGCAAAGUGGAAGAAAUGAGGCUUAAGUUUUCAACGAUCAGAUCAACAAAGAAGCAUCUAGAACAUCAGCUGGCAAAGAAAGAUUCUGAAUUUCUUUCUUCUUCGAGAAAUUUAAAACUUCAAAGUAAGCAACUCCAAGACGAUCUUGACGGGUGCGCUGAACGGGAGAAGGAGUUAAAUGAACGCAUCAAACGGCUGACAGAAGACAAUCGCAAGGCAGAAGAAAGGGAAUCUGAAGCGCUCCUGGCUAAGAAGAGUUCAGACGACAAGAUAAGGGUGCUUGAGAAACAGAUGUUGUCCAAGGGGCAGUCUGAACAAGACCUUAAAGAAAGAAUGACAAUGCUGGAGGAUAAGAUCUCGCGACUAGAGGCCGAGAAAUCCCAACACUGCAAGAACAUUUCAUCGAUGUUGCGAAAACUGAAAACCAAAGAAGACCUUGCCGAUGCAAUUACGGCCAAAGAUAAGGCUGAGAGGGAAUACAAGAUCAAAAUUGAUGAGAUGGAAGUCAUCGUCAACAAGUUGAGAAAGGAAAAGAACAAAGCAGAUUGUGACGAGGAGUUGAAGGAGAGGUACAAAGAGGAGUAUGAGGAAUCUCGAAGGAAUAUAAGAAGACUGACAGAGAAUGUAAACAGAUGCAACGAACGGGUUAAAGAACUGCAGUCCUUUGUCAAUGAAACUGUUGAGGACGACGAACCACAGCAUCUCCAAAAGCCCACCUUACAAGAGAAUAUAGAGAACCUGAAACGAAGCCUAAAGGCCUCGGAUAUUGAGCUCUUCAAAACGUUACAGUCUCUAAAUCAGAAGAUCACCCAUCUUGAAGAUGAGAAAGCUGAGGGCGAAAAAAUGAUCACAUCAAUACUGAAGUCCAUGGAAGAUAAAGAAAAGAUCGAGCACUGUAUAGCGAUAUCAAGAGAUGCGGACAAGAAGAUGAUGCUACGCAUGAAUGAAAUGGCAGAUGCCAUACAGAGGCUUAGAAUUGAAAAGAAAAGAGUAGAACACGAGCUUCAGAACUCUGAAAAGCAAAGAGCGGCGAAAGAAUGUGAAUCGGAGCUUUUACAGAGCCAAACAGACGAGAAGAUAUCUAGUUUGCAGCAAUCCUUGAAGGAACGAUAUGAAUCAGAGUGGGAAAUACAAAAGCGAUUGGAGGCAGUGAGCGAAAAGCUUGCACAGAUGGAGAGCGCAAAGGAACAGGCGGACAAAACCAUCCAGACAAUGCUUGAAUCUCUACAAUGGAAAGAUAACCUGGAGCAAUGUCUGGAGGAAAAGGACAAGAUAGAAAAAGAGCUGAAAAGAAGAGUGCAGGAGCUAAAGCUGGAGAACAAAGAGGCUUUAUUGGAAGCCAAGUUGUACCGAGGGCAAUGCCGUGACGCACACAAGAUGAAAGAACAGAUCUCCUCACUGAAGGAACAGCUUCUACAAAUGGAGGCUGAAAAAGAUAAGGAUAUUGAAAGCCUGAAAGAAUUGCUGCAACAGAAAGAAGAAAAGCUUGAGUUGCUUCAAAAGACCCUAAAAGAGGAAGUCUUCAAAUUGAAGCUGCAGAAAAAGGACCUUGAAAUCGAGACGAAGAAGAGUCAAAUACAAGCACGUGACGCUUUUGAGCUUAUCCAGAAGCGGUCACAUGAGUUUGAUGAGUGUUUGAAUGUUAGAAACGAAUCCUCGGAUCGGAUGAUGGCAGAAAUGGAGAAUUUGAAGGAAAGUCUUAAGAUGACACUAGCAGAAAGAGAUGAAUUGGAGAACAAAGCAAAGAAAUAUGCCAAGUUUUCUGAGGUAGGUUUUGAUAUUGAGCUUUAA